AUGAAGAUUCAAUUAUCAAUAUUAUUUUUAAUUUGUUCGAUUGCUUCCAGCAUGGGUUUUGUCUGUCCAAUAAAGAAUGGAGCGUAUCCACAUGAAUGGAACAAAGCAGUUUACUAUAGCUGUUCAAAAGGGUGUGCUUAUCAACAAAACUGUCCUCUGAAUCGUUAUUAUUAUUCUAAAACAAAUAAAUGUGAAUUGAAACCAACUGAUUGGAGUCCACAAUUCAAUUUGACUGGUCGAUACCAAUGGAAUAGUAGCAAUCUUUUUAUGGACAUUAUUCAGACAGGUUAUGAUGUACAAUGGAUAUACGAAAGUAAUGAUGAUAGACAAAUUUUCGUUGGUCAAUAUGUUAAUGAAACAAUGAUAAUGGGUAUGAAAACAAGUUUGAAAAAAGCAACCAAUUGUAUAGUUCUAGAAAAUCUUCAAUUAUCUGUUUUGGGAAAACAUAAUUUCUGUCAAACUCAAGCUAAAUUUUAUUGUUACUGUAUUGAUGAAUUACCUGGUCUUAGUGAUAUAUCAUCUGGUUAUGAUGCAGCUAAAAUGCUUUCUGCAAAUGAACAAAAUUCAAAAUAUCGUAUUUUUGAUUUGAGUGAACAAAGGGCAACUCCAUUCAAAACCGAAAUACAGGGAAAAGAUCGAACUUUUGCAAUACCUAAAGACGUUCAGGUAGCUGAUAUUAGUCUUCGAAAAGUAGAUUCUUGUGAAACAAUUGCUUAUACAUUUGAAUCAUUUUUUCAAAGUUACUUUCACUCGAUAACAUUUGGAAUUCGAUUCAGUAUUCCUAGUUCCAUUAAUGUUGUAUUAGGUUAUAGUGGAAUAUUGAAACAAAUUCACGACGUCAUGACAAAAAAUGAAAAAGCUGUAGGAGUAUCAACAAUAUGGUGGGGUCUUUAUUCAGUUCAACUUGCUCCUCCUCUUUCUCUUAAAUUAGAUCCAACGUUCAAUCAAAGUGUUGGUUUAUUAGUUUCUGAGGCACCGAAUCCGUCUACUGAAGAUCAUCAAGAAUAUUAUAAUCAAUUUAUUCAAACAUAUGGAACCCAUUAUAUUUCUCGUAUAAUUGUUGGUGGUACAGCUCAUUUAUAUACAUUAAUGGACUCCAGUUAUUAUAAAGAGUCUUCAUAUGAAGAAAGAAUAAAUCAAGUUGGUUUAAUGUUUCGAUAUCAAAAAGUUGGUCUUGAAAAUGGAAUCAACAUAGAACAAAUUUGGGCCUCAAUGAAAGAAAAAUUUAGGACUACUUCAUCUACAUUAUCUGUUUUUCAACCUCCAGUAGCAAGUCAACAAAAUAAAUCAGAUUGGGAAACAUGGCAGCAAACAGCUGGUAAUCAUCCAGUUAUAGUUAAUAGAACAUUAUUUCCUAUUUAUAAUUUAAUCAAAAAGGAAACAACAGUUCGACAACAUUUACGUAAAACAAUUGACUUUUAUUUAGAGAGCGGAGUAUUUCCAACAUUAGCUGAAUUGAAUGAUCGAGGUACACGUCGUAAGUCUUUAGUACCACCAAAACCUCAAGGUCCUAUAAAUGGACUUGAUGCUGUUGGUUGUGGAUAUGAUCCUCUUUUAAUGGAAAGUAAAUUUUGUAUUUUUGAUCACAGUAAUUUCACUGACAAUGAACAAUGGUCAGAUCCAUAUAAUAAAACUUUAACUUAUUCAAUACCUAAUGGAUGGUUUGUUGUUAAUACUCCUGAAUCAUUAACAUUUGAUGGUUCAAUUUUAGUAACAUCUGUUGAAGAUUAUUUUCGUUCGACAAGAACAGUUACUGUUACAGAGUCAAGUGGUUGGUUAGGUAUUCGUCGAAAACGUACUGAAAGAACAGUAACGGAUUUUUAUCGUCGUUUCUAUCAAGAUUAUUAUAAUUUAGUACUUCGAAUGAAACAAAUUGGUUGGUAUACAUUAUCAGUGUCAGCAUUUCCAUAUCCAAAAUUAAAUCCUAUAGCUCAAACAGCUUUUGAUAAUUUACCAACACGUUUUGAUGUAAAAGAUUUAAAAAUUUGGCAAGAUUUUUUUGAUAUAUUUGGAACACAUGUUGUUGUAUCAUCAAACAUGGGUGGUCAAGUUUGGGCAGAAACAUGGUAUGAAAAAUGUUUAACUUAUGAACAUACACAAACAUGGAUUGAUGAACAAGUAACAAAAAGUUGGUUUAUAUUCGUAACAUCUGCUGAAAACAGCAACGAUUAUAGACAACAAAUUGCUGAACGUUUUCGACAACAUUCUAUAUCUUCAGCUCAAUUAUUAGGUGGUACUGUCUCGAUUGAUCCAUCUGAAUGGGAAAAAUGGGCUCCUACAAUAAAAAGAAAACCUCAUCCUAUUUCUUAUCGUCUUAUAUCAUUAGAUGAAAUUCUACCAGAAAGUGAUCUACGUAAUGUACUUAAAGCAGCAAUUAAUUAUGUUUUAAAACUAGCUGAAAAAGAAGAUCGUAACUAUAUCAAUCAAUUAGAAAGUCUACGAGGUCCACCGAAAAAUAAAUGUAGUCAAAAUGAAAUUCGUACAAAACGUCAGAAACGAGCAACAAAUUACGAAGAAGCGAAGCGUGUUUUAUGCCCUUAUAUUGGAUAUAAUGGAACGGAAUGUCUUGGAAGAAAAGCAACAGAACGAGAUCUAGUAGCAGAAAAUGCAACUAAAUUACCGAUUGGUGUUGGUAUGACUCUUGACAUAACAACAGGUACACUACUUCUUCCUGCUUUGGAGUAUACCUAUCUUGGAAACAGCUAUUGGACUGAUCCGAUUUUAAAUACAACAUAUCAAGUUCCUCGUGGAGUAUCUCUUCCUGCAAUUAACCAGAGUGAUAAUACACCUAUUGCUCGUGUUUUUCUUACAGCUACUGAAUUAUCAAAUGAAUGGAAAUAUAAAAAAUUACGAGGAAGUUGGUUAGGUGGAGAAUUUGGUCAUUCAAAAUCAUUAGGGGAUAUUUAUAGAAGAUUUUUUUCAAAUAAUCAAGGAACAGCUAUUACACAAAAACCAACUGUUUUAUAUCGAUUACGUGUUGAAAAUCUUCAAUUAAAUAAAUAUGUCAAACAAGCUAUAUCAAAAUUACCAAUUAAAUAUGAUGAAACUUUAUACAGGGAUUUUUUACGAAAUUGGGGUACACAUAUAGUGCAACAAUCUCUUAUUGGUGGAAUGCAUGAACAACAAGUUCUAUUUAAAGAUUGUGUAUUUUCAUUUAAUGGUGCAAUAACAUCAGAUAAUUUAGAUGAUUAUCUUAAAAAAGAUAUUCUUUCUGAAACACUUGGUAAUAGUUUUUAUGCUGAUCGUCGAAAAAUUUCUGUUGAUCAUUGGCUUGGUGGUGAUCCUAUUGAGAAGAAUGAAAUACUUUGGCAACAAACAUUAGCUGCUAAUCCGGCUUUGUUGAAAAUUGAAGAAUAUAUACCCUGGUCGGAUGUUAUUGAAAUCGAUCCGAAUGUACGUAACAAUUUAAGAAAAAUCAUUCAAGCUCGUACUGCAGCAGCUGAUAAAGUUCGAAUAGAUGAAGAAAAUCGAUUGAAUGAACAAUAUAUCAACGGAAGCUAUAUGGCUAGAAAAGGCUCAAUUGGUCUUCUAAACAAUGAUACAUGUGAUAUAAUACCUGCAACAUUUGGCUCGGUAAAAGAUUGUUCAGAAGGAUGUCCAACUAAUACACAGAUAAGACUUAAUGAUGAUUUUUUUGAUAAUCAACAGCUUUGGUAUGUGAGAGAUGAAACAACAGGAUUUAUUCGAGCUCGAGCACGUAUAGAUGGACAAACAGUACUUGAAGGAUCUAUGGUCAAUGCUGGGUGUUCAUCGAUUGCUGUUGGAGGAAAUCCUACUAUAUCUGCGCAUAUAUGCGUUUCUUGUGACUUGGUUAGUAGUUUUGCCAAUCAAUGUGUAUGUGUUUGUCCAACAUAUUCAUCAUCAAGUGGAUAG